AUGGCAGCCACCUUCCAGCUGAGCAAGCCAGGGGGAGGCACACACGUCAGAGUGGGCACGAGGGCAAGGGACCGGGCGCCCGGAGUGUGGGCACCAGGGCAAGGGACCGGGCGCCCGGCAGUGUGGGCACCAGGGCAAGGGACCGGGCGCCCGGAGUGUGGGCACCAGGGCAAGGGACCGGGCGCCCGGCAGUGUGGGCACCAGGGCAAGGGACCGGGCGCCCGGCAGUGUGGGCACCAGGGCAAGGGACCGGGCGCCCGGCAGUGUGGGCGUGGGAGCAAGGGACCGGGCGCCCGGCAGUGUGGGCACGGGAGCAAGGGACCGGGCGCCCGGCAGUGUGGGCACCAGGGCAAGGGACCGGGCGCCCGGCAGUGUGGGCACCAGGGCAAGGGACCGGGCACCCAGCAGUGUGGGCACCAGGGCAAGGGACCGGGCACCCAGCAGUGUGGGCACCAGGGCAAGGGACCGGGCGCCCGGAGUGUGGGCACGAGGGCAAGGGACCGGGCGCCCGGCAGUGUGGGCACCAGGGCAAGGGACCGGGCGCCCGGCAGUGUGGGCACCAGGGCAAGGGACCGGGCACCCAGCAGUGUGGGCACCAGGGCAAGGGACCGGGCGCCCGGAGUGUGGGCACCAGGGCAAGGGACCGGGCGCCCGGAGUGUGGGCGUGGGAGCAAGGGACCGGGCGCCCGGAGUGUGGGCACCAGGGCAAGGGACCAGGCGCCCGGCAGUGUGGGCACCAGGGCAAGGGACCGGGCGCCCGGCAGUGUGGGCACCAGGGCAAGGGACCGGGCGCCCGGCAGUGUGGGCACCAGGGCAAGGGACCGGGCGCCCGGAGUGUGGGCACCAGGGCAAGGGACCGGGCGCCCGGAGUGUGGGCACCAGGGCAAGGGACCGGGCGCCCGGAGUUGUGGGCACGGGAGCAAGGGACCGGGCGCCCGGCAGUGUGGGCGUGGGAGCAAGGGACCGGGCGCCCGGCAGUGUGGGCACCAGGGCAAGGGACCGGGCGCCCGGCAGUGUGGGCACGGGAGCAAGGGACCGGGCGCCCGGCAGUGUGGGCACCAGGGCAAGGGACCGGGCGCCCGGCAGUGUGGGCACCAGGGCAAGGGACCGGGCGCCCAGCAGUGUGGGCACGAGGGCAAGGGACCAGGCGCCCGGAGUGUGGGCACCAGGGCAAGGGACCGGGCGCCCGGCAGUGUGGGCGUGGGAGCAAGGGACCGGGCGCCCGGCAGUGUGGGCACCAGGGCAAGGGACCGGGCGCCCGGCAGUGUGGGCGUGGGAGCAAGGGACCGGGCGCCCGGCAGUGUGGGCACCAGGGCAAGGGACCGGGCGCCCGGCAGUGUGGGCGUGGGAGCAAGGGACCGGGCGCCCGGCAGUGUGGGCACCAGGGCAAGGGACCGGGCGCCCGGCAGUGUGGGCACCAGGGCAAGGGACUGGGCGCCCGGCAGUGUGGGCACCAGGGCAAGGGACCAGGCGCCCAGCAGUGUGGGCGUGGGAGCAAGGGACCAGGCGCCCGGCAGUGUGGGCACCAGGGCAAGGAACCAGGCGCCCAGCAGUGUGGGCGCGGGAGCAAGGGACUGGGCGCCCAGCAGUGUGGGCACCAGGGCAAGGGACCGGGCGCCCGGCAGUGGCUUGGAAGGGAAGGAGCGCUAA